CUCCUAUGGCCAUCAACCCACAACCAUGACAAAACUGUCUUCUUCUCCUUCGGCAACAAUGCCAUUUCUUUCAGUCUUUCUUUUCUUGCUCUUUUCCUUCGUUGCCCAAGCCUCUGUUCCUCGCAAUGCAACUUUCAAGUAUGUCAAUGAAGGAGAAUUCGGGCCGUAUAUUGUUGAGUACGAUGGAAACUAUCGUGUUCUUCCCAUUUCCAGUUCCCCAUUCCAACUCAGUUUCUACAACACCACCCCAAACGCCUUCACGCUUGCUUUGCGCAUGGCUACCACACGUUCAGAGUCACUCUUCCGUUGGGUUUGGGAAGCCAACAGAGGCAACCCAGUACGCGAAAACGCCACCCUCGUGUUCGGCGCCGACGGGAACCUGGUCUUGGCCAAUGCCGACGGCCGAGUCGCUUGGCAAACGAACACGGCCAAUAAAGGUGUGGUCGGGCUUAAAUUGUUGUCAAACGGUAACUUGGUCCUUCACGACUCGAAGGGAAAUUUCGUUUGGCAGAGUUUUGACUAUCCAACGGACACCCUUUUGGUUGGGCAAUCUCUACGGAAAGGGGGCGCAACCAAGCUCGUGAGCAGGGCUUCCGAAAGGGAUAACGUAGGUGGGUCUUACAGCUUGGUGAUGGAGAGUAAACGGCUGGCUUUGUACUAUAAAAGGGUUCUCUACUUCUCAUCUUCUGAUUGGUUUUUUGUCCCAGAGAGUAAUUACUUAGAAUAUGUGAAGAUAUAUGCUUCCCCAGACACUGACGAGGGCUAUGCUUAUGACAUAGGCUUAGCCUACCAAGUGGCCAACUCCUCAUCCUCUGGCAACAGGAUUUUGGCAAGGCCAAAAUACAACAGCACAUUAUCUUUCCUUCGUCUUGGCAUUGAUGGAAAUCUUAGGUUCUAUACAUACUACGACAAGGUGGAUUGGCGUGCUUGGGAGGUGACAUACACUCUGUUUGACAGAGACUCUGACGAGAGCGAGUGCCAAUUGCCCGAGCGUUGCGGGGAAUUGGGGAUUUGCGAGGACAACCAAUGCGUCGCCUGCCCAUUGCCAAAUGGGUUGGUGGGUUGGAGCAAGAAUUGCAAGGCUAAGAAGCUAACUUCUUGUGGGGCGAACGAUUUUGGGUACUACAAGAUAAAAGGUGUCGAUCAUUUCAUGAGCAAAUUCACCAAUGGAAAUAGCGUCAGCGAAAAUGCUUGUGGCAAGAAGUGUUCAGUCGACUGCAAGUGCUUGGGGUACUUUUACCACGGCGAGAGCUCCAAAUGUUGGAUCGCUUAUGAUCUCAACACUCUAACAAAAGUCUCGAAUUCUACGCAUGUGGGCUAUAUAAAGGUUCCAAAUCACUAACAAUCUAGCUAGUUAGGCUAGACCAAUAUGUUGGAAAUCUGUAGUUUCUUUUUUUUUUGGAUGAAUAAAUCUGUAGUUUCUUUGUAAACAAAUAAGGUAAGAGUGGGGAAAGAUCUUGCUCUACUGCAUUCUCUUCAGAAGUACCCAGUUGAGAGUUGUACGUUUCAAUUCUCCAAUCGGAGAUGAUGACGGUAUCGAUGAAAAAGGAAGCUUGUUUAUUCUUAUAA